AUCUUGAGGUUGUCAUUUCUGAGUAAAGAUGAUGAGGAGGUCAAGAACGUCGUCGAUGGCGAUGUGGGUUUUUGCAAACAUGUUGGUCGGUUUGGUGCUCGUGGGAUGCGAGGAGUAUACGUCUGCAGUUGGGGAUCCAGGGAUGAGAAGGGACUCUCUUAGAGUGGCGAUCGAGGCGUGGAACCAGUGCAACGAGGUUCAUCAAGAAGCCCCCGACAUGGGCAGUCCGAGACGGGCUGAUUGCUUCGACGUUGUCCACAAUUCUAAGUCAUACACUAAGUUAGUGCACAGGGUGAAUGAGAAGAUGAACAGGCUAGGAAUAGCAAAUGCCACAAGGCAGGGCUUGAAGAACAUAGACGUCAACGAAUACGCAGCAUGGAAGGAGAGAUACUUAGGCUACAAGUGCCAAGUCGAGGACAAGCCCGGUCCGUGGCAGUUCUGGAUGUUCAUGCUCAAGAGUGGCAACUUGGACACUUUGGCUGCCAUAUGCCCCAAGGACGGGAAGAAAUCGGAGCCCUUUCCGCCCGAGUCCCGUUUCCCAUGCUUCGGGAAAGGUUGCAUGAACAUGCCAAGAAUCUACCAUGACUACACCAGUGUGAAGCAUUACCAUAGGAAUAGGACACUGAGGGGGAGUUUCUUUGGGACAUGGGAUUUGGAUGCUGAUGUUAGGACAGCAGCAACUUUGAACAAUACCUCGUAUUAUUCAGUGACUUGGGAGAAAAGGGUUCGGAAAGGGAGUUGGGUUUUUCAUCACAUGUUGAAGACAUCUCCCAAGUAUCCCUGGCUUAUGCUCUACUUUAGAUCAGAUGCCACAAGAGGGUUCUCUGGAGGAUACCAUUACGACACAAGAGGGAUGGCCAAGAUUGUUCCAAAGUCACCAAAUUUCAAAGUGAAAUUCUCACUUGACAUAAAGAAAGGAGGCGGGCGGAAAGGCCAGUUGUACCUAAUGGACAUCGGCAGCUGCUGGAAGAACAACGGUAAGCCUUGCGAUGGCGAUGUCACGACGGACGUCACACGUUACAGCGAAAUGAUCAUAAAUCCAAGCAUCGAGGCGUGGUGCAACCCUCAAAAUCUCCGGCUAUGCCCUCCCUACCACACGUUCUCUAACGGGACUCGUGUUCAUCGUACAGACGAGAGACGUUUUCCUUACGAUGCCUAUCAUGUCUACUGCUCGCCAGGCAACGGGGAACAUCUGGAGGAGCCAUACAACUUGUGUGAUGCGUACAGCAACCCGCAGCCUCAGGAGAUUCUGCAAAUUUUGCCUCACCGGGUGUGGGGAGAGUUCGGGUAUCCCACCAAGAAAGGCGAGGGCUGGAUUGGAGAUGCAAGAAGUUGGGAACUUGAUGUCGGGAGGCUGUCUCAGACACUUUACUUCUACCAGGAUCCAGGGACUAAGCCUGUGGAGAGGCAUUGGCCCUCUAUUAAUAUAGGGGCUGAGAUUUACGCUAGUAGUAAUGAAGUAGCAGAGUGGAUCGUCAGCGACUUUGACAUUCUUGUACCAAAAUCGUGAUUUUGGUCUUUAUUUUAUUUUUUCUUCAUUUGAUUUUGGUGACAAUAUCUAUAUAUGAUGAGAAGUUUUAAACGCUUUGUUGAGUCAUUAGUUGUGUUUUUUUUCUAAGUAAGAUCGUAAAUUUCAAGGAUGUUUUGUGUGGAGG